AUGUGGAAGUCAAUCGUUGAAAACCCAGGCGAUGCCACGCCUCCAAACGAACCGUUAAAGAACAGUUACAUCCACGGGGCCAGCAGCGAGCCUCUAGUGGGACGCACGGUGUGGGAAUGCCUGCAGGAAGCGGCCAGGGAAAAGCCGGACAGGGUAGCCAUCAGGUUGCCGCAGUUUAGCCAAGAUCUCACCUAUAAAAUGAUAUGUGACAAGAGCACAGAACUCGCCAAAGGACUGCUGGCACUAGGGAUGAAGAAGGGAGAUUUUCUCACCAUUACAAGUGUUCCGGACGCUUCAUAUGUAUAUAUGGUAUAUGCUGCAGCACAAAUUGGCGUUGUCUUUAACGCGUUAAAGUCAAAAACACUGGUGAUUAUAGAAAAUGAGGCCGGAACAAAUGUCGCUGCUUUGAAGGAACUUAUACCAGACUUGGAGACAUUUGGCGGAAGAAACAUACAGUCUAAAAGCCUGUCCUUCGAAGAGGUCACAAAGCUUGGUAAAGAUAUUUUAGAGGACGUCAUCCAAGCAGCCAGAGACGCCUUUACUGGAGAUGAUCCUAUAAAUACGGGGCUGUCCUCGGGCAGCACCGGCGUUCCUAAAUGUUCCGUCAAUAGUCACUUUAAGGCGGUCAAUUUGCUCAAGUUUUCCUUACUACGGUAUGCUGACUAUAAGAAGCCGGUGGUAGUUGGAGUGGGUAAUCCCGUUGACGACGAACUGGUAGCAGAUUACGUCUACUGGGUCAGUGUGGAGUAUGAGAAAGACAUCCAGCUGGUCAUAUUACCGUCCACACUGUGGGACGCAGAAUUCCAGGGAGAGAACGAAGAUGAGGGGUACCACAUGGAGGAUUUGUACAAAUCUAUACACGAGUGCAGGAUCACCCACCUGGAGCUGUACCCGACAUUUCUGAUGAAGGGUCUGGAGCUUGAUGCCGAGAUUGUCCAGAAAUACGACACGUCUUCUGUGAAACGAGGUAUUCUCACGUCCACAGUUAUCACGGAGAAACUGAGAGAGCGGUGCUCAAAACUAAUCCCAGAAUUUGUGGUCGCACUCGGCACUACAGAAUACUGGAACAUCAGUAUCACCUAUCCACUAGAUGACGACUUUGACCGCCGGUACCGCGGUAUUGGCUUUCCACCGCCACACACUGAGGUGAAAAUAGUUGAUGCAAACAACAAGAUCGUUCCUCUAGGUGUGGAAGGGGAAAUAUGCGUGAGAGGGGUGUUCAUGUUCAGUACUUAUUACGGUUCUGAAGACUUGUACAGGAAAGUGGUGUCACCGUGUGGUUGGUACCAUACUGGAGACAUUGGUACGAUGAAUGAACACGGGUUUAUGUACUACAUUGGACGGAAAUUUCAUGUACUCCAUUUUUCUCGCUGGGGCGACAAGGUUUAUCCUGCUGCUAUAGAGAUUGCAGCAGCAAAACAUCCUAAAAUCAGUCUGGCACAGGCAGUUGGGUUUAAAAAACCGGGCGAAGAUGACCUUGAUACCAUCAUUCUAUGUGUUAUACCUAUCCAAGGUCAAAAUAUAACAGAAGGUGAGCUCCGAUCUCAUUGCCAGAGCGAGCUGUUGGAUCACAUGUGGCCGGACCACUAUGUCGUCAUGGAUACGUUCCCUAGGGUGGGGAUCAGGCAGAAGGUAUCCAAAGAAAAACUACUGAAACUUGCCAAGAAAAUUUUGCUGGAUUCCGGGAAACUGCAGGCCAACGAGGUGGAACUAUAA